AUGGAAGAUUCGAAAACUCAGGAUAUUGACAUUAUAAAUAAUAGCAAUAAUAAUAAUUUUAAUGAUGACAAUGUGUUUAAUCAAUCAUCCAAAAAUGAUACAAUAGAUAUGGAAGAAGAGGCAGUAGGAGCAGAUAUUAAAGUUGAAACUGUUAAAUUCCCGUCGGCACUUAAAUAUCUCUAUGCUUUUGAAGCAUUUGAAAGGUAUGCCUACUUUGGAAUCCGAACGAUUAUGAUGUUAUACAUGAUCAAAUUCUAUGGGUUUAGUGAUCAUCUUGCUACUACUAUUAAUCAUGUUUUCCAAGGAAUAGGUUAUUUUUUACCAGUAAUAUUGGGAGGAUGUAUUGCAGAUGGAAAACUUGGAAGAUAUAAAACACAUUUAAUAUUUUGUUUGGUAUAUUGUAUUGGAUUCAUAUUUCUAAUACUUAGUACUACAACAAUGAUCGUUGGUCAUUCAAAGUCGAGAUGGGCAUUAUAUGUUGGUUUGCUAUUUAUUGCAUUUGGAUCAGGCGGAGUUAAACCAAUCAUACCAACAAUGAUGGGUGACCAAGUAGAAAAAAAGGACAAAUCAAGAAUGGUAGACAAGAUAUACUCUUUAUUCUUUUUUAUCAUUAGUGUUGCCGUUUUAGCCACCACCAUCACUGCUCCACUCAUUCGAAGUUCUGUCAGUUACCAAGUAGCAUUUGCCAUGUGUUUUUCAUCCUUUUUCCUUGCCAUUGCUUCGUUCAUGUCUGGAUCAAAUCAAUUCAAAAAGAGACAAGUCACAAAUUCUGUUUUAUUGACAUCGAUUGGUAUCAUUGGAAAUGGUAUUUCGGAAUCAAUUAAAUAUCUAGUUGGUCGUCCAUCAUCACUCGGUCAUAUAAACUAUCAAGGACAUUGGUUGGAUCGUACCAAAGCCAAAUACCAAGAAAAUGAUGUUGAAUCGGUUAAGCUAUGUUUAAAUGUGUUCACCAUUUUCAUUCCAUUCAUCUUUCAAAGAGCAUUACCAGAGUUGAGUAACACUCGUUGGAUUUUACAAGCAGAAUCAAUGAAUAGACAGUUUGGAAACCAUCUAAUCUCAUCGGAUCAUAUUCAAGCCAUUUCAUGUUUUUUAUUUCUCAUUUCAAUUCCAUUUUGUGAAUAUCUAAUUGAUAGACCACUUAAAAGAAGAGGUAUUAAAUUUAAUCCAUUAAAGAAAAUGGGAGUUGGUAUAUUUAUUAGUAUUUUGGCAUAUAUAAUGUGUAUCAUAUUACAAUUAUAUAUUGACAAGAGACCACCAUAUAGUGUAUCCUUUUUUUUACAAGUCCCACAAUUAUUUGUACUUUCACUGUCAGAGGUAUUCAUAUCGAUUCCAGCAUUACAAUUUGCCUAUGAAAAUUCACCUGCCACUCAUAAAAGUGUUGUCAUGAGUGCAUGGUUGGUUUGUAUAUCUUUGGGUAAUAUGUUUAUUGUUGUGGUCAUUCAAUUGAGCCACUUGAAACAAUGGUUAGAGUAUUUGGAUUUUGUGAUUAUCACUCUUGUUUUUGGAAUCAUUUUUAUUAUAUUGGCAUAUCGAUUCAAACCACCCAAUUCAACUCUUACUCACUAUAAACCAAAUCAAACUAAAAACAACAACAACAAGGAAAAAGAAAAAGAAAAGGAAAAUGAAAAUUAUCAAGUAAAGAAGGAUAAAGUGGUGAUUGAUCAACAAACUCAAAUAGAUAUGGAAAUGGAAAUGAAUACAACAACUAUUCCACUUUAUGAUGAUCAAUAA